AUGCCUUCCACCUCUCUCGCCGACCUGGUGGCUGCCCUCCCUGCGGAGGACAGCUGGGGUCCCUCCGUGUCUGCUAACACCAUGCUUGCUGGUGUCCCAUACGCUCCUUUCUCCAAGGGCGACAAGCUUGGCCGCAUGGCUGACUGGACUGCCGAGUCCAAGGAUCGUCAGAACCAGCGUCCUCAGUACAACCGUGGUUUCAGAGAUCAGCAGGUGUACGGCGCCGGCACCUCCAACUUGUUCACUGUCGCAGCCGCCGAGGACGAGUCCUCGUUCUCCGUCGUCGAUAACACCCGUGUCCAGAAGCGCACUUUCGGCCGUGGCGGUGGCACCGUUUUCCGUGGUCGUGGUGGUCAGCGUGGUGCUGCCAACCAGCGCGGUGGACGUGGUGGCUUCCAGCGUGCUGGCCCUGCUGGCCGUGGUCAGCAGAGCGGUUACAACUACGCUGACCGUGGCGGUGGCCGUGGUGGCCGUGGUGGUCGCCGUUUCGGCUGGAGAGAUUACGACAAGCCCCAGCGCAUUCGUGAGGCUUCUGUUAACAUUCGCCCCGACUGGACCAUGCUCGAGGAGGUUGACUUCACCCGUCUGUCCAAGCUGAACCUCGAUGCCCCCGAGGGCGAGGAUCUCGAGACCUACGGUUUCCUCCACUACUACGACAAGUCCUACGACAAGCCCCCUGUCAAGAACGCCGAGCGCCGCAUCCAGGCCCUCGACCGUGCCGCCUACAACGUCACCACCUCCCAGGAUCCCGUUAUCAACGAGCUCUCCGAGAAGAACGCCGCUACCGUCUUCGCUACCUCCGAUAUCCUGUCCAUGCUGAUGUGCGCCACCCGCAGCGUCUACUCCUGGGAUAUCGUCAUCGUCCACCAGGGCGACAAGAUCUACUUCGACAAGCGCGACGGCGCCUCCUUCGACAUGGUCAGCGUUAACGAGAACGCCAUCGACGCUCCUCUCGAGGCCGCCGAGGCCACCGGCAAGCAGGACCAGAUCAACACCCCCAACGCCCUCGCCAUGGAGGCCACCAUCAUCAACCACAACUUCGCCCUUCAGACCCUCACCGAGUCCGAGAAGAACAAGGUCUCCUUCGCCAAGCCCAACCCCUUCUACGACGAGACCGAGGAGACCGAGCCCCUCGCCUCCAAGGGUUACAAGUACCGCCGCUUCGACAUCUCCCUCGAGCGCGACGAGGAGCCCGUCUCCAUGGUUGUCCGUACCGAGGUCGACGCCGUCAUGAAGGGCGGCCCCACCGGCGGCGAGGACCAGCAGCUCAUCAUCAAGGCCCUGAACGAGUUCGACCCCAAGGCCCAGGGCUCCGGCGGUGCCCUCGACUGGCGCAGCAAGCUCAACUCCCAGCGUGGUGCCGUCCUCGCCACCGAGAUGAAGAACAACUCCGCCAAGCUCGCCCGCUGGACCACCCAGGCUAUCCUCGCCAACGCCCACGGCAUGAAGCUCGGCUUCGUCUCCCGUGUCAACCCCCGCUCCGCCACCGGACACGUCGUCCUCGGUGUUGCGGGCUACAAGCCCCGCGAGUUCGCCAGCCAGAUGAACCUGAACCUCGGCAACGGAUGGGGUAUUGUCCGUACUAUCGUCGACCGUAUCCGCACUCUCGACUCCGAGGAGCCUGCUGAGACUGUCAAGAAGUACGUCCUCAUUAAGGAUCCUAACAAGCCUGUUCUGCGUCUGUACAGCGUUCCUGCUACUACUUUCGAGGAGGAUGAUGAGGCUGAGAUUGAGGAGAAGGAGGAUGAGAAGGAGGAUGAGGCGGAUGAGUAG